CGCGCGUGCGCGCCCCCGCCUCCGCUCCUCAGUCGGGCGGCUGCAGAGGCGGCUCCCCCGUCAGCCCUUGCGGCCCCCUGGGUCCCCUCAGCCGAAGCCAUGCUGCGGGCCUGUCAACGAGCGGGUGCCGUCACCGCCGCCCAGAACUGCCUUUGUGGAAAGUUUGUACUCCGCCCGUUACCACCAUGCCGCAGAUAUUCCACAGCAGGAAGUUCGGGAUCCUCCGCCGGCAAAGUCAUCGGAGCAGGGCUUUUAUUUAUUGGCGGAGGAAUCGGGGGGACGGUUCUGUACGCCAACUGGGACUCCCGUUUCCGAGAAAGCGUCGAGAAAGCCGUACCUUAUUCCGACAAACUCUUCGAGUUAGUUCUCGGUCCCCCUCCUUACAGUAAGCCGCUCCCGAAGCCGGUCCAACCUGGUCCCCUAAAAAUCUCCAGCGUAUCCGAGGUGAUGAAGGAAUCUAAGCAGCCCAGUUCAAAACUCCAGCCAAGUAAGGGAGAAACUACGCCGUCAGGAACAGCGUCUACAGAGGCAGCUCAAAUUAUUUCCGCAGCAGGUGAUGCAUUGUCCGUCCCAGCUCCCGCGGUUCAGCAAGAGGAUUCUGUGAAGACUCAUCACCCCGAGCACCAUGAAGGGAGACACAAGCCUGGAGGUUCAGAGGAGUGUGGGUGUGAAACCUCCCCUUCCCUAAAAGAGCGUUCACCCGAGGAAGUCGCCAUCCGCCUGGCCCAGCAAGAAAAACAGGAACGAGAGAAGAUUCAGUCCCUAACCAAGAGCUUGGAAGAGACCCUGAGUCGCACGGCUCGGGUGACACUACAGGCAAUUGCCGCCCAGAAUGCUGCCAUCCAGGCUAUUAACGUGCACUCAGAUAUACUUAAAGAGGCCAUGGACAAUUCUGAGACUUCGGGUGAAAAGAAGUCGGCGCAGUGGCGCACCUUGGAAGAAGCCUUGAAGGAUCGCAGGAAAGCAGUAGAUGAAGCAGCUGAUGCCCUUCUGAAAGCUAAAGAAGAGUUAGAGAAAGCUAAGGGCGUCAUUGAAACCUCCAAGAAGAGUCAGAUGGCCGGGGCCAAGCCUCCCGUCGCAGCCGCUGAGGAGAAUCUUCACCACAUGAUCGUGGACUUGGAUAAUGUGGUCAAAAAGGUUCAAGCAGCCCAGUCGGAAGCUAAGAUAGUAGCUCAGUAUCAUGAGCUGGUGGCUAAAGCCAGAGAAGAAUUUCAGCGGGAAUUGGACAGUAUUACUCCAGAUCUACAUCCUGGUUGGAAAGGGCUCAAAAUCUCUGAUUUAGCGGGCCAGCUGUCCCCAGACGACGUGAACUCCCUGAUCGCGCACGCCCACCGCCGCGUGGACCAGCUCAGCAGGGAGCUGGCCCAGCAGAAGGUCCGGGAGCAGCAGCACGUCGAGGCCGCCCUGCAGCAGCAGAAGCUGGAAGACAAGCGGGCCUUCGAGUCCGCCGUGGCCAAAGCCCUGGACCGCCACCGGACCGAGAUCCAGACGGAGCAGGACCGCAAGGUGGAGGAAGUGAAAGACGUCAUGGAGGUUGAAAUGAGGACCCAGCUCCGCAGGCAGGCGGCCGCCCACACCGACCACCUGAGGGACGUGCUGAGGAUACAGGAGCAGGAUCUGAAACAGCAGUAUGAGCAGGGCUUGUCUGAGAAACUGUCCGAACAGGAAAUGGAGUUCAGACGGCUCCAUCAGGAGCAAGUCGACAAUUUCACCCUGGACAUAAACACGGCCUACGCCCGGCUGAGAGGAAUUGAACAGGCCGUCCAGAGUCACGCGGAGGCGGAAGAGGAAGCGCGCAAGGCUCACCGGCUGUGGCUGUCCGUGGAGGCGUUAAAGUCCAGCAUGAGGACGGCGGCCGGAGAAGCCCCCACGGUGCCCCUGGGGGCGGCCGUGGCCGCCCUCAGGACCACCUGCGGCCACAGCGAGUUCGCCCAGGCCCUGACGGCCGCCCUGCCGCCCGCCUCCCUGACGCGGGGGGUGUACAGCCAGGAGACGCUCCGGGCCCGCUUCCCCGCCGUCCGCAAGCUGGCCCAGAGGGUGGCCCUGAUCGACGAGACCCGCAACAGCCUGUACCAGUUCUUCCUGUCCUACCUGCAGUCCCUCCUGCUGGUCCAGCCGGCCCAGCUGCCCCCGCCGGCCCGGCUGGGCCCCGAGGACCUGGACCCGUUCAGGCUCCUGGCCUACGCCUCCUACAGCCUCGAGCACGGCGACCUGGAGCUGGCGGCCAAGCUGGUCAACCAGCUCAGAGGGGAGGCCAGGAGGGCGGCCCAGGGCUGGCUCGACGAGGCGCGGCUCACCCUGGAAACCAAGCAGGUGCUGGACCUGCUCACGGCCUACGCCAGCGCCGUGGGGCUGGGGGCCGCCCAGGUGCCGGCCGGCUAGCGGGAGGGCGCUUCCCGAAGCGGGCCGCGUCCUCGGCUCCUCCGGGAGGCCCCGGGCGGGCGCCCGGCGGGAAAAUCCGGGAACGCUCUCCCCGCCGCUUGUACGAGUAAAGCCCGCGGACCCCGGGCGGGCGGCGGAGAAAGCCUUUCCCCGCCGCCCGCCUGGGUUUCGCGGGUCUCCCCAUCCAACCCAGAUAACGUUUGCGAUCUCUGCCGCUGUUGAUUCUGCCGUCCGUGCAAAUGGAAUAAAACCAUGAGACCCC